UGUACACAACGGCGUGGGUAGUGUCCAGCCGGGACUCGAAAUCAAUCCCCCUCGCUGACCGUGUGCACUGAUCCGGUUCUUCAUUUCAAUUUAAAGCAGACGAAAUAAAACUGCAGUAACUCUUAACGCAACUAAAACAAAGCAGCAACGUAAAUAACAAUACUAACAAUAACAAUAAUAGUAAUAGUAAUAAUAACAAUAAUAAUAUUAAUUUACGGGAAAGUCACAAUACGUAACAGCAACAAUAAGAACAACUCUGAAGGCCGAGCACCUGUUGGAUUAGGCAAUAAUGUGAGCUGCAGUGAGAUCGAUUGGAGGCGGUGCGCUGAAUCUUGUGUUCUAUUUCUGUUGGAAGUGUUGCCAUGACGACGUCGAGAUGUCCCACGUGACCCAACGGCGAUGGACGUGACUGACCUGCUCCUGACCGCCAUUCCCAUCACGCUUGGCGUUACCCUCAUUCUGUGCUGCUAUUUCCACAAGUGCGCCCCAUCCAGGAAGAAGUCAUCACCAGAAGCAGGCAUUGUGACGGUCUCGAUCCUGGAGUCUCUGCCCAUGGUGCCAAAUGUCAGAGUGCUGCCCUAUGUGGAAAACAAACAGAAUACAGUGGCUCAGCAGUUGCAGCAGAAUAUAGCGACCCUGCAGUUGGACAGGAGCAGCAUGGAUCAUACACGGGGGCACAUAUCUUUCACUCUCAAGUACAAUGCUCAUGACACCAAACUAAAAGUCCUCAUUCAGUCUGCCAGGAAUCUCCCGAUGAGAGAUUUUUUCCCUGGGAAAUGCGACCCCUAUGUUUGGGUGACACUGUUACCUGACAGGAAAUAUCGCUUCAAGACAAAGGUCAAGAAGAACAUGCAUCAACCCCACUGGUGCGAGACCUUCUGCUUUGAGGAUCUUCCAAUUGAAAAGUUGCAGACGCAGGUUCUGCAGCUACAUGUGUUUGACUAUGAUCGAAUCACCAGAGAUGACUCAAUAGGAGAAGUUUUGCUACCACUUUGGCAG